CGGCGGCUGAGGUGGGGCGCCGCGGUCCGGCGAUGUGAGGAGGCUCCGCCAGCGCGGCGGCCUCCCAUCCCCCCGGCGGCCUGGGAGGAAGUGCGCGAGGCGGCCGGCCGCGGCCUCUGCAGACGCGCAGCACGUCUCGAGAUGGCAGAAUUGUUUAUGGAAUGUGAAGAAGAGGAGCUAGAACCAUGGCAAAAGAGAGUGAAAGAAGUGGAGGAGGAUGAUGAUGAUGAUGAGCCGAUCUUUGUUGGGGAAAUCUCAAGCUCAAAGCCAGCUAGUACAUAUAUAUUGAACAGAGUCAACCUCAGCUCAUCACGAAGGGGGAUACAGAAUGGUGCACCCAGUAGAGGUACAGUUACUACAUUCAAGCCUGACAGUCACCAUUAUGCGACACCUGCAUCCAGCCCCAGUGCCAUGCCUGUUUCAUCAGUCUUUCAGUCUGUAUCCAGACCUACAACUAGCUCUGUAGCAGUUCCACCAUUGUCUAGACCAGUGAAUGUUUCAGGAACUUCACAGACAUUGCAGAGACCAGUCACUGGAUGUUUAUCAACACAGCAGAUGCCCCGGUCAAAUUCUGGAAUAUCGCAACCUGUUAGCAGACCUGUAACCAUUCCAGUGACGACACAGCCAGUAUCAAGAAAUAUUACCAUUCCUGUAAUGGCUCAACCUGUACCGAGACCAGUGACUACUGUAACAGCACAGCCUGGAAUAUUAGAUCAGGAUUAUAUUAUGGAUUCUCCACCAGCUGCACCAGAUAAUACAUCUGGUAUACUGUUUGGUGUGAGACAGAACUCGGGAGUUCCACAGUACCAGACUGGGCCAGCAGUGAAUGUAACAGGUCUGAAUGAGAGUGUUUUUGUAUCUAAGCGUCCGGCUACUUCUGAAGGCAACAGUGUAACUCCAAAAAAGGCCAAGCCUAAUGAGGUUGGUGCUGGAAGCAAUUCCGCUGUUUCACCCACAGUAAACUCUGCAACAGUAACUCCAUCACAAAAUAUAUCUUCAAAAGGUACAAAUACUGCAUCAAGCAAUAUUAAAAAUGGAGGACCUUUUCCACGAGCUUGUCCAAAGUGCAAUAUUCACUUCAAUCUUAUGGAUCCUUUAAAAAAUCAUAUGAAGUAUUGUUGUCCAGAUAUGAUAAAUAACUUUUUCCCGGGAAUGGCCAAAACGGAUUGUUCAAGCACAACAAACAAGACUGCUGAAUCUGAGAAAGGAAAACUGAUUAUGUUAGUUAAUGACUUUUAUUAUGGGAAACAUGAAGGUGAUAUCCAGCAGGUACAACAGGAGCAGAAGACUCAUACAACAUUUAAGUGCUUCAGUUGUCUGAAAGUUCUUAAAAAUAACAUAAGGUUUAUGAACCACAUGAAACAUCACUUAGAGCUUGAGAAGCAGAGCAGUGAAAGUUGGGAAAGCCACACCACCUGCCAGCACUGUUACCGUCAGUUUCCCACCCCCUUCCAGCUGCAGUGCCACAUUGAAAGUACACACACGCCUUACGAGUCAUCUACUAUUUGUAAAAUCUGUGAAUUAUCCUUUGAAACAGAGCAAGUUCUUUUGCAACAUAUGAAGGACAACCAUAAGCCAGGUGAAAUGCCAUAUGUUUGCCAGGUAUGCAAUUACCGAUCCUCAGCUUUUUCAGAUGUAGAAACACAUUUCAGAACAGUUCAUGAAAAUACAAAACAUUUGCUAUGCCCUUUUUGCCUCAAAGUAAUUAAAAUUGGAGCUCCAUAUAUGCAUCAUUACAUGAGGCAUCAGAAAAAAGGAAUAUACCGUUGCACUAAGUGCAGGCUGCAAUUUUUGACAUGCAAAGAAAAAAUGGAUCACAAGACUCAACAUCAUCGAACAUUUAGAAAACCUAAGCAGUUAGAAGGUUUGCCUCCUGGAACAAAGGUUACUAUUCGAGCAUCUGUUGGACCUCUUCAAUCAGGAUCAUCUGCUACAUCUUCUGUUAGUACAAGCACUUCAACAUUUCAGUUAUCACCUAAAGCUAAAAAUACAAGCAGUAGAAAUUAUAACAAAUCUAAUGCAAAUAAGUCAAAAGCAAAAUCAAAGCCAUCAACUAUACCCAGGAAGCAAAAUGCAUGGACCAACAGCAGCAAAAAAAAAAAUAAAGUUGCAAAUACAGCAUUGCAUAAUCUGAGGUAUCGUUUGGGAGCUCACAAAUGUAUUGAGUGUUUCUCGGAAAUAAAAGAUUUUGCAAGCCACUUUCCCACUUACGUCCAUUGUAGCUUAUGCAGAUAUAACACUAGCUGUAGCAAAGCCUAUGUGAAUCACAUGAUGAGUUUUCAUAGUGCUCGUCCAAGUAAAAGAUUUUGGAUCUACAAGAAGCAUUCAGAAGAGCUAAGAGGUGUGACUGUAGUAUGUCUUAAUUGCGAUUUCCUGACUGAUGUUUCUGGCUUAGAUAACAUGGCCACACAUCUGAGUGAAAACAAUACUCAUACUUGUCAAGUUAUUAUAGAAAAAGUUUCUGUAGAUUUCCCAACUGCUGAACAAGUAUCUGACAAACAAGAACAUGACUCUUCAGAGGAAACAAAAGAACACAACAGAAAUCAAACUAGCCAAGUUGUAUCAGUUGAAAAAGGUGAAGAAAGUUCAUCAUCAAAUACAGAAAAUGUUCCCAAUUUGGAACUUGACAGCAAUGACAACAGCUCUAAGAACGCCUUGGAUGAGAAAGGAGCAUGUUAUGAUUCAGAUAAUAACAAACAAUUAGUAGAAGAGAAACAAAAAUGUAUUCAUGAUGAAAGUCAGUUGAAAAAUUGCCAAAGUUCAGAUAACAUUGUCUCGAAUGACCAGACUAAAGUACAUAGCUUGGAUGAAACUGCAUUGUCAUCAUUGAAAGCAAGGGACUUAAAGCUAACAUUGGGUGAAGAUGUUAGUUUUGAGCAGUUUUUGAGAAAAAGAGAUGAACCUGAAUCAGUUAGUUCAGACAUUAGCGAGCAAGGCAGUAUUCAUUUGGAGCCUUUGACUCCAUCAGAGGUACUAGAGCAUGAAGCUACCGAAAUUCUACAGAAAGGUAAAGUUGCGCCUUCAUCAAAGAAAGCUGGACUACUCUCUGAACAAACAAAUGAGACUUCUAAAGAAAGCAGUCCCAGCAGAAUGGAAACAACUGUAAACAAGACAGAUGAAAAGGAAGCAAGCUGAAAUUAUGUUAAUAUUUUAUUCAGUUUAUUAUAAAUAAUGGUAAGAACACCGUGGACCAUUCCUGAUGAGUGUGCUCAUUGAUGCUAAUUAUUAAAAAAAGGCACAGAAGGAAAAUUUUGCAUCUGAAGAUAGUGUAUACAUGUAUGUACAACUGAAUUAACUCAACUUACAAGGAGUAACAUGUUAAAUUUAUUUUCCAGUCUCUUGGAUGUGGUUUAUUUUACUAAACUGGCACUUGAAAGCAGGAAUAAAUUAUUGUUUUCAUAGUUAACUAGCCUGGAAUAAGGUGACUUGUGAGUUGAGAAAAGAUUUUUAAAAAGCCUUCUGUGAAUAUCAUUAAAGAGCAAAAUUUAGUGUGAAUUUGGUUCUGAGGCUGAAAUUGAGCACACUUGUAACAAUGGUUAUUGGUCUACUGAUAAUUUGGAUAAACAUAAAACUUCUUUGGAUUUGGUGUCACAUUCCUGUCUGUAAAAGCAUGUAAACAGAAUUAUAUGAACCUAUGCACCUCUGUACAGGUGCAAUCUUGCCAGGCUGUAAGCUUACCUUAAUAAACUUUCAGUGAAAGUGGAAUUAUUACAAUAAAAGUAUAUAUUUGUGGGGUUUUUCCGUGUGCAAGCUGUGCAGAAAUACCAGACAUAGUUGUAUAAAAUAGGACAUACUGCUGAAAGUACUGUAGCUGUUAGACUUUUACUGUUGUUUUAAUUAUUCUUAGUGGUAGACCCAGGGGAAUGGUCUGUAAGUCAAACCAAAGUAAGGUUUAAUGUAAAAACUGUGUUAAACAAAAAGGAAAAAGAAACCCCAAACUGGAAACAUCAACUGGCAUGCACUCUGCCAUUUUGCAGCUGCUACUUGCUAACUGUUACAAAAAUCACACAAGGGCAUAUAAAGUAGAACUGUACAGUUAAAUUUCAGGACUUUUUGUACUCUAAAUUAUGUACAGAAAGAUGGCUGCUGGAUUUUUUGGGUUUUUUUGCUUUGUAGUUAGCAGCUAGGUAUAGGAAUGCAUAUUAUUAACAGUAGCUUACUUUUAUGACUUUGCUGCUCCAUUUGAAACAUUCAGAAUGUGCUUUUGACUUACAGUUUUGUUUUUAAUGAAUGUUAAAUGUUUUGAACAGCUGUUAAAGCACUGCUGUAAAUUAUCACUUUUUGAGUAAAUAUUUGCAACAAAAUUUUGUCUUUGUGAAUAAUUUUAUUACUCAGCUUGUAACUUUGGGAAUAGUCUUCCCAUCUUUUUGAAAAGACUUAAUGGCAGUUCCCCAAAACUGUUUUAUUUUAAAACUGUGAUUUUUUGAGACAUCUAUGAUUGUAGAAUUAACUGAGCAAGUGCCUAUGCAUAACCAUAUUUUUGUAGCUGUAUGUUGUGGUAAGAUGUGCUAACUUUUUUAGAUUAUAAAUAUAUUUUUCUGGGCCAUCAGCAAGCAACUGAAGUCUGCUCUGUUCUCCUAAGUUAACUACGCUCAGCUGCUAAAUGAGUUUAAUCAAGAACAGUAUUAGAAGGUUUAGAGACCAUCCAGUUCACUGUUGGAGCCUCUAAACAACCAUAUUAAUCCAAUCAUCUCAAAAGUUGUGCUUCAGAUUCUAGAGAAUUAUAUAUGACUGAAAAAUCAAAAGAUUUGAAAGUAGUAAAUGUUAAGUUCCUUUUAUGUCUCUUCUAAUUCUGAGCCUGUGAAUUGCAUCUUUAUUUUCAGCCAUGCAGGGUUAUUAGAGGCCUUUUAAUAAGGAAAGUGAAAAUGUUUGCAUAAUCAUACCUCAAAUUAAUGAUUUCAUUACUACUUUUAAAGAACAAGAUAUACAAAAGAAAACUGCAUUUUAUUGCUCUCAAUUUUAUCAUUUGUUGUGUUGUUUGAAGUUCUUAAAGUGGCAGAUCUUGGAGAGCUAUGAUUGACAGGUCUGUGUUCAUGCAUGAAUGUAUAGAUGAUUAUAGGAUAAAACAUCCCAGUAAGGGCAGUUCAGAGGACUUAAUUAGCUGUGGACUUGGUGUAUAUGUUACUGAAGGAGUUCCUGAGUGAAUUUGCAGUAUAAAAAAUCCUGUCCACAUAAACCCAGUACAAUCUGUGGUAUUUUUAAUAUGAUUCAUGAUCGUCCAUGCAGAUGAUAUAUCAGAGUCUGAUGCUGGAUAUGUGGUUUUGGGAAAGAUUAAGUUCAACUAGAACUACUUGUGGUAAUGCAAUAUUUGGUUGUAAUUUCCUCACAUUUGUCUUUAUUAUGCAGUUUCAUUGCAAAGUUAUUUUAAAACAUUUGCUAUUUUAAUAAUAUGAAUUUUGAUAGAAGCACCAAGUUUGAAGGCCGCUUGCCAUCGAGAAGAGUUGGAGAAUAAAACUCUGACUGAAAAACCUCCAUAUUUGGGGGAAAAUAUUAUAUGUAUUCUAAGGUAUUUAAUAUGUAAGCAUUGCAUAUUUGGCUUGUUGCAACCCACAUGAAGAAUCUUUAUACAAAAGGUAGUGUUAAGUAUAAAAAGCCCAAAUAGCUAACAUCUGAAAUAGCCCUUUCAAAGGAAGAAGUGAGAGAGUUUAGCAGGAUUAUCAGAUUGCCUUAAAUAGACAAGUAAAAUGUAUCAUGAAAACAAUGCCAUGUUAUUUUUGUGAAGGAGGAAAAACUAAAAUUCAUUACAGAUCUCCCCCGCCCCCGUGCCAUUUGAAAUAAUUCAUUUGUUCUCUAAAGACUAAGAGAUUAAUUAAUUAGGAAGAGAAUCUCUAUCACAUAUUUAAGAGGUUUCCUAGAGAGGAGUUAAAUUGGCACUUUUGUCUGAAGGCACUGCAGAAGAUCAUGUUAUGUUGAAUGUAAUUUGAAACCUUCCUCUGGGAAGAGAAGGUAAUUCAGGUUUUCUGUUCAUUUGAGUCAUGUAAAUUUUUCCGUCCAAUCUUCAGUAGUUCUUAUUCUGUGCUACCUCUCUUUUUGUACUUAAGAAAGCAUUUUUCCUGAAGUUUUCAUUGCUUUACUAAAAACAGUAAGUUAAAGUUAAUUCUUGGUAUCCAUAUUGGAAUCACUGUUUCCCUUCAUCUCAAAACAUUUACCAUUUUUGCUUGAAUAAUGAUUUUGGGUUGUUUGUGUAACUUCUAUUUUUAAAGAAAUAGCACAUGGCUAAUGCUAUCUCCAUUAUUUGCAUUUAAUGGAAAACUGUUGUAAUGAACAGCUCAUGGCCAGUCAGUAUACUGUCAUGUGGCUAUUCCUCAAGUGCAGCAAACUUCUCAGUUUGCCUUGUGCCGUUUAGGAAAGAAACUUUGGAAAAGAAACUACUGAAGGUUCAGGUUUUCGUUGGUGGAAUGAAUGAAUAAACUGAGGGGAAAAAAUUAGAUUGAAUCAUAGCAAAUAUUGAGUUCCAAAUGUAGGUUGAUGUAUUACAAAGAUUGCCCUUUUAACCAGAACCUAGAACAAACAGGACAAUAAUAAAAUAAGUCUGUAUUUUUGUUUUUGUUUUUUUCCCCCCCUUACUGGAAAUGGAGAGAAAAAAAAUCCAUGGGCAAUAGGUGUUAAGUAAUUUUCCUUCAUGCUUUACUGACAGAAGGCAUUCAGGCAUUGGAAACUGAGGGUCAGAGUUAGGAAUCUGAAUAACACUUGUUGUUCUGCAAAAUCUACAAAUAAAAGAUCUCAAAGCUUU